AUGCAGCAAAGCCGACCCUCCUCUUCGUUACUGGCGAAUCAGCACACUCACCUCUCCGUGUCGCCAGGUGUAAUGGAGAUACAGGAGGUUGUUCUUGAUGAACAGCAUCAUCCGACCAGACAUGAAUCACAUCCCUCAACAGGAAAAGCUAAAGUAAGAAGUUCUACUGCUUCAUCUCCGAGAUCAAAAGUGUCAUCAAAAGCAGAAUCGAUUCGAAAAAAAACAUCCGUGAAGGAAGUAGUCUCAGAAUUUGAAUCAUUACGAGCUGAAAAUAAUUCGCUUAAAGAUAAAAUAGAAGAACAACAAAGUGCAAUAGAAUUUUUACAAAAAGCGACAGAACAGAGAGAAGCUCUGGUUGAGGAUUUAAAAAAAGAAGUAAGAAAGUUACGAGUAAUAUCAAAGCAAGAGUUCGAUAUGUUUGCAGAGGAAAUGAAAACUAAACAAAUGGAGGAUGAAUUUAAAAUUAAGACUUUGACAAUUGAGAAAAGUAAAUUGGAAAGCGAGAUGCAUAUUUACAAAUUCUAUGAAAAAGAAAAUGCAGAGUUAAGAACGAUAGUGAAGAGUUUGCAUUCUCAAUUAGAAAAGAUGGCUCAGGUGAAGAAUGUUGAAUCACAAACAUCAGCUGCUGAGUUAGAAAAAUGGAAAAAACAAUUAGAGCUGGACUUUAACGAGAAAUUAUCUGAAAUGUCACAUCAUUUUGAUUAUUCGAAAAAGAAUGACAGUGUUUGGGAAGAAAUUUUGCAAAGUGGAAUUUUCAAAGAAACAAUGGCAAAUCGUCCUCCUUCAGACGUGUCUCUAUUCUUAGAUCAAGUUAGAUUGACACUCUCUCAAAACGAAAAAUUGAGAAAAGAUAAGCAAGGUCUAGAACAAGAGUUAUUGAAAAAAGAAGAAACAAUUCGAGACUUACAAAUGAAGUUGCUUACAGAGCAAGAAAAAAUUAGACUCUUAGAGGAGGAUAUUUAUGAAUCUAAAAAUGUAAAUGCUGACAACGAAAUAUUACAUACAGAACUUGAUGUAAUGUCAUCAGAACUGGCCAGAAUGACAGAAAAAUACAAAACGUCUCUUAACGAAAUGGAAAAAUGGAGAUCUCGAGCGUUAACUUUAAAGCACGUGGAUAUUGAUUUAACACCAAGAAAGCUUGGCAAGCUUUUGGAAGCAAAAGAAGAAAUGAUUGAGAGCGCAAGAAAUACUGCAAAGAAUAUAAAGAAGAAUGUUGAGGAAGAAGAAAAACCCUCGAUAUCUGUUCUACAAGCAUUGUCUAUGUGGAACACAAAUUUUGCUGGUAUUCCUGAGAAGAAUAAUACAUUUGAAUAUUCUCCAAAAUCUAAUUUGGAUUCUCAUAGCGUACGAAGAGCGGCAACUACAAACGAUGCAAUUAACAAUCGAGAAAAGAUAUUCAACGUUCAAAGCCUUCUCGAUACUACUGGAAAUUCAAUUUUGUCAAACCUCAACUCUAAAGACACUCUCGAAAAGAAGAAGCGAAAGAAAAAAGAACCUCUGUCGUUUGAUGAAGAAAAGGAAAUUGCUGACAAGUCGAUUUCGAUCUUAUACAAGUGGAGCUACAGAGAGAUCAAAAAAGCCAAAUGGUGA